AUGGGUGGUGUUAGGUUUAUGACGGUGCUAGUGGCGUUAUUCAUGACACUGAGCUCCGGCGUGUGGUCGUGUCCUCCGUCGGACAGGGCGGCGCUCCUGGAAUUCAAGGCGGCGCUCCACGAACCCUACCUUGGAAUUUUCAACUCGUGGACCGGCGCUGACUGCUGCCACAACUGGUACGGCGUGAGCUGCGACCAGGAGACCCGCCGCGUCGCGGACAUUAACCUCCGCGGCGAGUCGGAGGAGCCGAUCUUCGAACGAGCACACCGGACCGGGUACAUGACCGGCUACAUCUCUCCGGCGAUAUGCAAGCUCGCGCGUCUCUCCAGCAUCACCAUCGCCGACUGGAAGGGAAUCACCGGAGAGAUCCCGCGCUGCAUCACAACGCUACCGUUCCUCCGCAUCGUCGACCUCAUAGGAAACCGCAUCUCCGGCAGCAUCCCCGCCGACAUCGGCAGGCUCCACCGUCUCACGGUGCUCAACUUCGCCGAUAACCUCAUCUCCGGCACGAUCCCAGCGUCGCUGGCGAACCUCACGAGUCUCAUGCACUUGGAUCUCCGUAACAACCUCCUCUCCGGGCCCAUUCCAAGGAAGUUCGGUUCUCUCCAAAUGCUGAGCCGGGCCUUGCUCAGUGGAAACCGCCUUAGUGGGCCCAUUCCAGGCUCGGUUUCGCUCAUUUACCGUCUGGCUGAUCUGGAUCUCUCCCGGAACCAACUUUCUGGGCCCAUUCCGGCCUCACUUGGUAAAAUGGCGGUGUUAUCAACGCUUAAUUUGGACUUGAAUAAACUUUCUGGGCCCAUUCCUGUGACCCUGUUUAGUUCGGGUCUUAGUGACCUAAACUUGAGCCGAAACGCGUUGGAGGGUAACAUACCCGACGCGUUUGGUGCAAGGUCUUAUUUCACUGCUCUCGAUUUGUCCUAUAAUAAUCUGAAAGGGCCCAUACCCAAAUCCAUAUCCUCUGCUUCGUUUAUUGGACACUUGGAUUUGAGUCACAACCACCUCUGCGGCAAGAUUCCCGUUGGAUCUCCGUUCGAUCAUCUCGAAGCGUCGUCGUUUCUGUACAACGAUUGUCUCUGCGGUCAGCCACUCAAACCUUGUUACUAA